CUGUGACCUUAUAAAAAUGGCUGACUUUAGUUGUUGGUGUAUUUCUUGAGAAGUAUGAUGUCAUGUUUCUCGCGUUAUCACUGGCUGUCGUCAUUCCCGCUAGCCUAAUGUUUUGGUUAAUCAGUCUGUUCUAUCAGACAAUCAACAAAGACUAUGCGGCCCCAGCCCCAUGGAGGUGGUUAGCAGCAUCCAUUGCUCCAGUUCUCAUCGCAUUGUAUGGGCUGAGGAAGGGGAGUCUGGAUGUGUCUGGUGCCGUGGCAGGGUUGUUAGUUGGAUUCAUCUUGACACUCAGCAGUCUGUGUUUCUUUGCUGCUCUGCUGGUUUUCUUCGUGGCAGGAUCAAAGGUUACAAAACUAGGAGCUCGUCAGAAAAAGAAAUUAGAGGAAGAUUACAAAGAAGGUGGCCAGAGAAACUGGCUGCAGGUUCUGUGUAAUGGAGGUGCUGCCUCACUGUUUUCUGUUCUGUACCUCCUGGAAGUUGGCUGUGCAGAGAAGACAUUUGACUUCUCGAGAAGAUACUCCUCCACAUGGUGGGCUGCCGGUGUCCUGGGAUCACUGGCUUGUUGCUGUGGAGACACAUUUGCCUCCGAAGUUGGCACAGUGUUCGGUCACUCCAAACCAUGGCUGGUGACCACCUUCCGCAGAGUGCCUAGAGGUACUAAUGGUGGCGUGACGUUUACUGGAACCGUAAGCAGCAUGUUCGGAGGGUUUAUUGUUGGCGUGGCUUACUAUGUGGCGCUGUUGCUGUGUUCUUCAGAACUGACCUUGAGUGACAGCCCUCCUCAGUGGCCCAUUGUUCUCCUUUCCACCUUGGCAGGCUUUGUGGGGUCUGUCAUCGACUCCUACCUUGGUGCUCUACUUCAGUUCUCAGGAUACGACCAUCGGCGAGCAUGCAUCGUGGAACAUCCAGGCCCUCAUGUAGAACACAUCAGUGGAUACGCAGUCCUUGACAACCAUGGCGUCAACCUCCUUUCUUCACUCCUCACUGGAGUUAUCUCCCCUUAUAUUGCCUGGCAUCUGUGGUUGCAGGCCACAUGAUGUUGGAUACCCUUAAAAAUCAUGGGAUAAUCAUGAUGAGGAUCUGUGUCUAUCCAGACUGACCAUCUUGACCAAAUGUCGAAGUAAAAUGUCACAUGAUCGCUAUCUACAUCAUUGGCCCAGUAUCACUGCUCAGCUGUUUACAAAAUGGUUUUAUGUGUGUUCAUUGUGAUUGAUUUGAUUUUAUGAAUUGUGUUUUAGGUUUCUUACCACUGAUUUAGUAUUUACAUAAGCUUGUGCAAUUCCCUCUGAUCUAUUCUGUCAUGCUUUCCUUCUCAAAACUUCUAUGUUAGUCACCUUAUCUACUGCCCUGGUCAUCUAAGUUCACAAGUCCUCCGAGUGCAUAACUUGUCCUGCUAGUCUGUCUCACUGUCCCUGAACCACAGUAUUUUACCUCUCAUCUAGCCCUUUCAAAAACUGAAGCAAGUCUAAAUUUCCUCAGGUUUAGACUGAAGCCCCUAUUUCACUGGUUCUCCUUUUCAAGUUUGUUGGAAUUAUUUGUUUCUAUAAAAUUUAUAUAUUUUCAGAGACUAAUUGUUUCUGUUAAUGUCAUCUCUGAGUUGCAAUUUAUACCAAAAUUGAAGUUUAGAGCUUCAGUAAAUCAGUAAAAC